AUUAGUGCCGCAAUGGUUGACUGACGGUUCAGUUUACAAUGUUAAUUACUUGUCCGUUUACUUGUUAGUGCGACAAGUAUAUUCUAUGUUUGGAGAUCGUCAGCUGUCUGUCAUUAGUCCAGCUACCAGGGAUAAGGAAGUCUUCAAAUGGAUCCCCUGCAGGGUACUUUAAUUUUCUAUUCAUGAAACUGAAUGUCAUGACUUUUCUUAAUCUAAUUCCUUUUUUAGCCAGGGGAAAUCAAGGAUGAAAACUCAGAAAUUGUUGACGUUAUUAGUUGGGUAGUGUCUGAUGUCAAAGAAAUGUCCGAAAAUCCAGCACUGGUUGAGCUUCUCAAGGAAACGGACAGGAGCUCCUAUGAUGAUGUAUCGAAACUUUGUGAUGUGUACAAUAAAGCUAUCAUAGAUCUUUGGGACAUGUGGAUUGAGGAAAAUACUGUCCCUGAAUUUUUCAACCGAAAAGCUUCCCGUGGUCAUGUUCAGUUCAUUCUUCUUCAAUGUUAUAAUCGAGCUGUAUCAGAUCCGGAUAAACUGAAUCAAUAUCCACCUUUUUCGCCUCAAGUGUAUGGGGAGACUUCCUUCGAACUUAUUUCACAGAUGAUCGACACGAUCGCAGUUACUAGUGACGACGUAUUUAUCGAUCUUGGGAGUGGUGUUGGUCAGGUUGUCCUUCAAGUAUGUGCCUCUACUGAUGCGAAAUUUUGUUACGGAAUUGAAAAGGCUGAAUAUCCCGCUAAUUGCGCAUCGCGUCUUGACUCAACUUUCCGUCACUGGAUGAGCUUUUACGGAAAGUCUUAUCGACCCUACACGUUGGAACGCGGAGAUUUUCUAUCAGCGGAGUACCAAGAGAAAAUAACAAAUGCUGGCGUCCUUUUUGCAAACAACUUUGCCUUUGGUCCAGAGGUGGAUCACCAGCUAAAGCAAAGGUUUGCUAACCUUAAAGAAGGUGCUCGGAUAAUCUCUUCAAAGGCUUUCUGUCCUUUAAAUUUCCGAAUCACUGAUAGGAAUCUCGGAGAUAUUGGAUCAAUCAUGCGUGUGAGCUGUUUAAACCCAAUCCAAGAUGCAGUUUCAUGGACUGACAAACCAUUUAGCUAUUAUGUUCAUACAAUUGAUCGUUCGCUGUUGGAACAAUACUUUGCUCGUUUAAAAAAUCCGAAAUCUAAAAAUGAAAAUCGAACCGUUCGUCGCGAUCGUAAGGGUCGUGUAAUUUCUGAGGCAACUAUGCGAGAAGGUUCAAUCCAGUUAACACUAAAUGCUAGCGAUAACAAUCAACAUAACACAAAUGGUAACGUCAGUCAUAAAGCUAAGAGGUCAUCAACUAUCAUAAAACAUCGUUCGAGUACUUCCCGGUGCUUACCAAAUAGGUCAGCAUCUCUACCUGAAGUAACAGCUAGUUCUCCUUCAGAGUUGAUCUCUGUUAAAGGAAGAAAGCUGAGUUCACAAAAUUAUUUAUCAAAGAAUGAAACUAUUAGUCGCCAAAUCACUAAUGGAUCCAUGGUUGUGCAUAAAGUAAAACAAUGUGAAUCACCACAUUUACAAUCAGAACUUAAGCGUUCUCAUGUUCACCAUAAAGACAAUCAGUCACCUCUUGAUAUCUUCACACUAUCUAAGGAUACUAGUAAUGCAGGUCUAGUUGAAUCUCAUGUUGACACACAACUAGCGUCAUUAACUUCAGGUGGACCGAUAGCCUGUGGUAAUAAUGAAGACGGGAAACAGUUUCGUAAAGUUAUUCGACAUUUGUUAGAUGAUCCUUGCGAAUCUCACUCAUUAUCAAAGUCAGAUAAUAUCAAACAGAGUGUACGUCGUAAAAGCAAAACAAUUGAAAAUGAUAACAAGUUAACAUUUAAUUAUCCAAUUAUUGAUGAUUACCUAAGUUUACAUUCAUCAUCAUGUCACGAUCAGCGCGAUAGUCGAAAUUCUUCGUCAUCACCGUAUGUUUCUUCAUUAUCGUCGGCUAAUCGAUCUCCGAAUUCUCAAAUUGACGAAAUCACUUCUUUGAAUAGCUUGACAAAACGUUCUGAUCUGGAAUUAAAAUCAGUUCAAUCACCUGAUCUUUCUAUUUUCCCAGAAAAUAAACUAGAUAAGGGACGUUAUACUUGGAGAAUUAGAGUCCCUAACAGUAGUGUGCCUUCAACACUCAAAUUUCAAAAAGCUGUGAUUUUAUCUUGGAUAUUCGACUUAUUAUUCGGACUUGAAUUGUCAUAUUGUUGUGGAGUUCUGUAA